UCAGGUGGCCCCCCGAAACAGAUCCACCUCCUCAGCGUCGCGUGGUGGGAAGACGAGAACCUCCCAAAGGCAAAAGCCCACCCCAUAACCCCUAACCUAGGGUUUCGCCGCCAUGGGAUCCGCCGCCUCCGCCGCCUCCGACGCAGCGCCGCCACCGCCUUCUCCAGCGCAACCACACGGGGCCCUGCCGCCGUAUGGGGCUGGGCUCGCCGGCAUCCUCCCUCAGAAGCCGGAUGGGGAUGAUAAGAAGGAGGAGAAGGUGGACUACCUCAACCUCCCCUGCCCCGUGCCGUACGAGGAGAUCCAGCGCGAGGCCCUCAUGUCUCUGAAGCCUGAACUUUUUGAAGGUUUGAGGUUUGACUUCACAAAGAUGUUAACCCAGAAGUUCGCUCUUAGCCAUAGUGUCCUUAUGGGCUCCCUGGAAGUUCCGUCUCAGUCAGCUGAUGUUAUAAAAGUCCCAACAUCACAGUAUGAAUUUGGUGCCAAUUUUUUAGAUCCAAAGUUAAUGCUUAUCGGAAGGUUGAUGACUGAUGGAAGGCUGAAUGCUCGUGUGAAAUGUGAUCUGACAGAGAAUCUCGCGCUGAAAAUAAAUGCGCAGCUUACUAGUGAGCCUCAUUACUCUCAAGGGAUGUUCAACUUUGACUACAAGGGCACCGACUAUCGAGCACAGUUUCAAAUUGGAAACAAUGCGUUCUAUGGGGCAAAUUAUAUCCAGAGUGUUACGCCAAAUUUGUCGAUGGGAACAGAGAUAUUCUGGCUUGGUCAGCAAAGGAAGUCAGGAAUUGGAUUUAAUUCUCGCUACAAUACAGAUAAGAUGGUGGGUACUCUACAGGUUGCUAGCACUGGUAUUGUUGCGUUAAGUUAUGUCCAGAAAGUUUCUGAAAAGGUGUCUCUUGCUACUGACUUUAUGUAUAACCACAUGUCCAGAGAUGUGACUUCCAGCGUUGGUUACGAUUAUAUCCUUAGGCAGUGUCGUCUAAGGGGCAAAGUUGACUCAAAUGGUGUCGUUGCUGCAUACUUGGAGGAGAGAUUGAACAUGGGUGUCAACUUUCUUCUGUCUGCAGAGAUUGACCAUCCGAAGAAGAACUACAAGUUUGGUUUUGGAAUGACUGUAGGAGAGUAGAUAUGCUCACAGCAAUUACUGUGAGAGGACUACAGAUGUCUCCUCAGUUCGUUAUAAGUGCAGGUUUACCAUAUGGUCUCGGUUCAAGUGUUCGGGACCUACAGAUUCGCUCCUCGAGCGUUCAGGCUUUUUUGGUGUACUUGCGGUUGUCUCAUUUCAGCUGCUUUAGAUAGCAUGGGCAUUUGGGCGUCCAUGAUUCUUUGUUUAUCUAAAACAAGCUGAAACGUUGUUGUAAUAAUGUUCACUUGGUUGUUGGAGAUUUUUGACCCUUAGGUUCCCAGCAAUAGGCUUCUGUGAAAUGACCGUACUGCACAAUCUACAGACUAUAUACAUUGAGAAUUCAUGUGCAAUCUUUGCUCUCAUAUCAGUUAUAUGUUCUUACUGU